CUGACUGAGGCUCCAGAGAAAUUUGACAGCUUCACAGGUGAGGCAACCGUGCAGAGGCUGUUUCACUUUAGCUUUCAGUUUUUUUUCUCCCUGAACUCUAUUCACUGUGAGCCUGGGGUUGCCACAGUCAAAAAGCAACCAUUCGAAGUCUAAUCAUUCCGGCAGCAUGAGCAAAAAGAAAAAGGACUGGAAGACUGAGAAAGAGAGACUUCUCCGUCUAGACCGAGAGGACAGACGCAAGGAGUAUCGCCGUCAAGAUUUCGUACCCCUGGACAAGAUUCCGACCUGGAGAGAGGAAAGCGGAUCCAAUGACGAGGAGGAGGGGAAGGCGCUGACAGGCGGAGGAGGGCCGAGCGAUAAAGUGUCUCUCUACAAAGGAGAUAUCACCGUCUUGGAGGUGGACGCCAUAGUCAAUGCUGCAAACUCCAGUCUUCUGGGAGGAGGAGGAGUUGACGGUUGCAUACACAAAGCGGCCGGGUCCUGCCUGUUCGAUGAGUGUCACUCACUAAACGGCUGUGAAACUGGAAAAGCCAAGAUCACCUGCGGCUACGAUCUCCCUGCAAGAUAUGUGAUCCACACUGUGGGCCCUGUGGCCAGAGGUCACGUGGGCACUACAGAGACCAAUGACCUCACCUCCUGCUACCAGAACUCCCUCAGGCUGAUGAAGGAGCAUGGCUUGACCACUGUGGCCUUCCCAUGUAUAUCCACAGGCAUCUAUGGCUUUCCCAAUGAGCCUGCUGCUAGCAUUGCUCUGAAGACAGUGAAGAGCUGGAUUGAAGAGAAUCCUGAUCAGAUCACACGGGUCAUUUUCUGUGUCUUCCUCGAGACUGAUUUUGCCAUCUACAAGAAGAAGAUGUCUUUAAUUUUUCAAGACAAUGACAUGGAGGUUACAGAGGAUCAGCCGAAGGGAGAUAACACACCGCCGUCUACGAAAUCUACAGCCAAGGAAGAAAGUGACGACAACAACAGAGGUAAAGAGGGGCCAGGUGACGAGGCUGAAGAAGAAGAGGCCGACGACGAUGUGGGAGUAAAUGAAGAUGUGGAGAUGGCGAGUCAGAAUCUAGAUGAAAAUUCGGUCAAUGAAGAGCCAAACCAGGAGCAGUGCGGAGGUGAAAAUGAAAACCAGGAGCUGGCUGAAGAUAUAGGUACCGACGGAGGCAAAGAGGACGGCGACGACAAGGGCAUCAAACAUGAUAAAAGUGAAGAAAAAGCCGAGGAGGAGCCGCCUGCUGCUAAGAUGGCAGACGACGACGACGCGGCUGUGGAGAUGGAAGAUGUCUGCGAGAUCAGCGACACUGGCAACAGCAAUAGAGAGGAUAAGAAAGAGCACGUCGAGAGCUCAGAAGAACCUGAUUCAAGUCCAACUAACAGCAAUCAGUCCAAAGGUAACGGCAAUGAGAAGAAAGAAUGACCAGCUGAGGGGAAGACAAUCAACCUCAUCUGACAGCCAGCAAACUGUGCGAAGGCCAACCACACUGGUGUCAGACUGGCCCAUGUCAGUAUGGGCUCUGACACUGGCCCAGGACAACCAGUAACUCACAAGAUGCUCACAUUCCCAACUUUAAUUAGCCUCCCUCCUUUUUGUUUAGAAACUAUUCAUCCCUGAGGUAUGUAUGUACUGUAUGUAGUGUAUAUGUAUGUAUGUACAAAACCUUACUAUAGGACUUGAACAUAUCAAUCAGAAAAAAAUGAGCCAUACCUCACUGUGUGUUAGAGUCAUACAUAAUUUUGCCAGCUCAGUGCAAUGAGAUAAACCAGGUUCUCUUCAUUUGAUAAACCCACUGUGAGAGCACGGUGAAGCUGUCAGGAGGGUGGGGUGGGGGGCGGGGAGGGGAGGGGGACAACAGCCACAGCUCCUUCAUGUUAAAACUCCUGGCUGGCUGAUGCUUAACAUCAACCAUCCUUCAGUUCUUACAACUUAAGAAAAAAAAAGAAAAAACUCCACCACUGCAGCCGUGAUGACAUUAAAUAGUGGAAUACCUGACAGCCCCCUGCAUUCAUAAGCCUCUCUGGAGUGCAACGCACUGACACCUGCCAUGUCUCCUCACACACCGCUGCAGCUUGAGCUCCAUUGUUUAGUCAAAUCAGCCGCGGUCUUUGAUUCAGACCGUGGUCUGGAAGGUGAGGGGCCGUUCCCUGGCUUUUCAUCCGCAAACAUCACUCAUUGCGCCUCAUCUACGCUGCCGCCGCCGCCGCUGCUUCUUCUUCUCAUUUCACCAGGAAAGCGUUCAUCAACACGCUGCGCACACAAACGAGGAUGUGAGUGUCUUUUAACAAAUCGAUUAGUUCUUCUUUUGCCCCCUCCCCUCCCACCUUUCCUUUGCCAUUCCCAGUGCAUGCCAGAGAAUUGCUUUGAACUUCACCACACGAACGGGACUUGCAUUCCUCUUUUGCUUUUUGCGUUUUUUUUUUUUUUUCGCUCGUCUCCUUACCGGAUUGUCUACAGCUGUAACGAAGGAAUCUGCCUUAUUUCAUAUCAAAGAUCUGAAACACAAUCACAGAGCUGGGUGGCGGGGGGGUGGGGGUGGUCCGAGUAUGAGGUCUUGGUUGUGCAUUGCUUGCAGAUGAUGAUUUGUAUUUUUAAGUACAUCAUGUAACGGCUAAUAUCUGUUGUUCUUUUUUUUUUUCCCUCGGUUGAUUUAAAUAAGGGGAUUUUGGUUUCUUUUAAAUGUUGGUUUGAUUCAUGAAUUAUUUUUGGUGGUACCAUACUAAAGAUCAGAUGAAUUACAGUUCUAUGAAACGAUGCCUUCAUACUUUGGUGUUUGCUUUGCUAAACUAUAACAGAAACAACUAAUAAAGUUUAAGGUGGAA